AUGACUGACAACCAAGACCCUCACCGACGACCGACGCCAUGGACCAAGCACAGUGACCCUCUUAGUCCGAGUUCACUAGCUCCCCUGGUGCGAGGGGACGACGACUUGCAGCAGGCUGCCAAGGACAUGUUUGGCUGGACCCAAUCAGACCGGCCCAUCGAAGAGUCUAUUGGUCACAUGAAACGCAUCGUCGACCUCUGCCAGGAUGAGGCAUCAUGGUCGGGUAACAAGAGGUGGAAACAAGUGAUAGCAACCUACAAGUCGUGUAGAGCUACCACGGAUGCCGUUCAAGAUCUCCUGGAUGCGCGAGAGCCCUUCUGGACGCAGUCUCGCGUCAAGCAUGCAUCAACUACCUUGGCUACACCCAGGGCUCUGGCUGACUCGAUACGCAUCAUGGUGGCUGAGAGUGAGAGGGCCAACGGCCAUUACCUUGACAGAGAGGCCAGGCAUCAGCUCAUGCAGGCCGUUGAGCGAGUCUUUCCUCACACUCAGCCUGUAAUUCUGGUACCAGACAGCCCGGACCAACCUGUCUCUGCAUCUACGACACACCAUCAAUUGCCCGUCGCGCCUGUCGCGCAGAUGACCAAGAUUGACAAACCCUCGCCAGUGCCAGCUGCUCCUCAACAGACUCUGUCGGCAACAUUGGACCCGCGUCUCGCAUCAAGACUUCCUGGCUGGGCGCCACCGACCUCGGAGAAGGACAUGAAGUCACGGACUGAUAGUGUGGCCGACUCGCCUAGUUCUAGGAAGUCUUCUGCCGCCACCCUGGUGAUUUCGAGUCCACAGCAACCCCCUCUUAAUUCGCUAGUACCAGAUAUGAACCUGUCGCAAGUCAUAAAGCCAACACGCCCGAGUCGUUUCGUCCCAGGAGACGAUCUUGCUCAACACGCCAUCCUGCCAAGCCCAUCCGCCUCGCCGAGCCUUGUCACAGCUCCCAUUCAGUUCAACAUUGCCACCGGCUCGAACCAAGCACCUCUGCACAAGCGCCCCCGUUUGUCGAUAAAUUCAGAUGUCAAGAAUCCCGUUAAACCGGUCAACAAUGUCUUCUCUCCACCCCCAUCUGAACGCCGCGGUUCUUCGGCUCUCAGUACCACUAUUCAGCCUCCAACAGGUCCGCGUAGUCUGCCCCUAUUCCAGGCCAAAAUCAUGCCCAAGGGAUUCCAAGGGAGAAAGCCAUUGUCAAAGAAAGAGAUCCUUGAGGCUUGCGAUUAUAACAGAGUCUCUGCCCAAGACGUUACUCUCUGCCCUUCUGACUACAGCACAUGGCUACUACACUUUAAAACCUUCAAUGAUCUCCAGGCUUCACUUGGAAAGAUCACCAUCUUGCGCGGCAUCAGCAUACCAGUGCUUACCUAUGCGCCCGGCCGAUCCUUUCAAGUCUUUGGCAUUGCCGAAAAGUCCUCAUUCAUCACGCCACAGGUCGAAAUGGACAUGAUCUCCACCAUAGCUCGCACCUUCCAUCCACGCACAUUCAUCAUGCGCAGACAAAAGAGGCAGCAAUACAACGCCCGCCUCAUGACAAAAUGGCUGGUCGUCUUUGAAGAGCCCCUUGACCGCGAAAACAUCAUCCUGGACAUGAAGAUAAACGGCAUUCGCGAGACGCUAGAACUCUUUGGCAUGGACUGUUCGGAAGAAGUGAAACAUUGCUGGGUCUGCUUGGGUACUGAUCACCAUGCUCCUUCAUGUGCAAAUUUUACAGAGGUUGUGAAGCUUCCGCACAAUGAUCGCCAGUACCUGUGGAAGACGCCGCAGUUGAAGUGA